GACAUGGCGGGCUCCUCCAUCCGGACCUCCAGCCCUCACACCGACCCUCUGCUCCACUCCGACCCGCCUCACAGUGCUUCUGUCCCGGCCGGCCCCUCGCGGCUGCCCGGCGGCAGUGUCGCGCACGCGGACUGCCGGAUGGUGGACGUGCACGGCGUGCAGGUGGCGUCGUUCACGGUGGACGGUGCGGAGCUGCUGUGCCUGCCGCAGGUGUUCCAGCUGUUCCUGAAGCACCUGGUGGGGGGGCUGCACACCGUGUACACCAAGCUGAAGCGCCUGCGCAUCAGCCCCGUGGUCUGCACCGUGGAGCAGGUGCGCGUGCUGCGCGGGCUCGGAGCCAUCCAGCCCGGAGUGAACCGCUGCAAGCUCAUCAGCAGACCCGACUUCGAGACGCUGUACCGGGACUGCACCUGCGCCAGCUCUCGUCCAGGUCGGCCUCCUAAGAGAACGCUGGGCGUGGCCUCCAUGACUGAAGGCUCCAGGCUCCUCCCACCACACAGUCUGCUAAGCCCCACCCUGCUGUCUCAGACAGGGCUGACAGCGGCGGCAGCGAUGGCCGAGAUUCUGAGGCUCCAGAAGAUGCGGAUGAUGAUGCGUUUCCAUGGCAGCAGUGAUCAGCAGCGACCUUACAGCAGACCUGAGUCAGAGAACGAGGACACGGUAGGAGGCAGUGAAGGAUCCUGGGAAAAGGAGCAGCAGCUCCUCUCUCCUCCCCCCUCAGUUGUAGCGCCUCCUGCUGGUUCGGCAUCCCUACAUUUCAACACUUUGCAGCAGCAGAGCUCGCUGUUAGCCAACCGCCUGUCAGACCUUCCAUUUAUGGUUAUGCCACAUCCCAUCCUCCCUGUGGGCUUGCCUCCUGCCAGUGUUGCUAUGGCGAUGAAUCACAUGAGUCAGCUCAGUGAUUUAGCAAACAUGGCCGUUGUGUCACAGGUCCACACAGAAGAGAGCAAGGAGUCUCCUCUAGGUAGCCCCUCCCCCACUCCCAGCGAUGAUGAGCUCCACCCACAGGAACCAACCAGCCAAUCGCCUUCUAGGGCAUCUUCAUCAUCAUCAUCAUCAUCACCCCUUCCACCAGCACAAACACCAGAGCUGGAUGGGGAGCCAGGAAACAUCAAACAGGCUUUGAAAGAAAAAGAGGACAGCCUGCUGCCCCUCCCCCUCAUCAAACCAACCUAUGAGAAGCUGGCACUCACCUCCCAGUCACUGUCAAUCAAACACACAAACCCCACCUUUGCUCCGUUCCUAUUGGCUGAGGGUCUGUCAUCGAUGGAGACGCUGCUGACCAACAUACAGGGUCUCCUGAAGGUGGCGGUGGAGAGCGCUCGCUCUCAGGACAAACAGAGCCAGCAGGAGAGGAAAGAGUUAAAGCUGGAGCUGGAGAGAGAGAGGGACGCCCGACAGACUCUGCAGAGACAGCUGAGCUCCGAGCUGCACAACAGAGUGUCGAUCCAGCGGAGGCUGAAGAAGGAGAAGAAGGCAAAGAGGAAGCUGCAGGAGGCGCUGGAGUCGAGGAGGAGAGAGCAGGUGGAGCGAGCGCUCAAACACUCGGACGGCCUCACAGAUGCUGUGACUCCGGAAAGCGAGCUGGAGAACACCCAUCAGGAGAACGCUGCAGCUCACGAGCACCGAGUGUUCACCAAACCCCCGCUGCUCUUCUGAGGCGGUCGCUGUGACAGAGGAGGAGAAAACGACUCCCAUCAGCCAGCUGUCUGCUAAUGGACAGAGCACAGAGGACACUGUGAAAGGGGCGGGGUUUCAGUGUGAUGUCAAUAGGUGAAAUGUGACCUCACGAGGAAGCUCUGCCCCACGGGAUCUGCUUCUGUGACUAAUGUGAAAGUGGGUGUGAACUGUUACCCGAAGGGGGCGGAGUCACAGCUGGACGUGUUUGAUGCUUAGAAAACUGCAUUUGACGGUGACACAGGUGCGCUCCGGUCUUAACGAGCUUAACGAGGCGGCCGUCCCACAAUGCUCUGAUUUACUCGACUGUAUUUUGUUUACUGUCGUUUGUUUUUGUUUUUUAUUAGUAAAAAAACGAGAAUGAAUCAGUGACGAGUUGAGUUCAGAGCCAGGAACUCUGCUUUUAUCUCACUGCAGGAAGCUUCUUCUCUUGGCUCUUGACGGAGGCCGUCGCACUUUCUCCUUCUCCCUCUCUCUUAUCUUUCCUGUUUGGCUUCUCGUUUGUAUAGUCUCGCUUAUUCUCUAACGCUCAGAGAGUCUCCCAGACUUGUUCUCUGAAAACCUAAAGAAGAAUAAUUUGAUCAGCUGGUCCCUUAAUGAAACUCCUGGGCUUGGGAGAGACGUUUGCUGCCGGAUACUCGAUGGUCGGUUGCAUCGUGUGUCUGGCAACAAUCUACCAGUUCAGAACCACGAUAACAGAGUUCAGGCUGAUUGGAGCCGGCUCGGUUUAUCGAAGAACAAGAAGCGGCUACAAAAUCCCACAAGGCUGUCCGACAUGAUAGACGAUGGGCAGGGCUGUGAGUAAGACUGUGUUUAUUGAACGCAAUAUGGAUACGAUCGUGGAGAAGAACAACGGGAAUUGAGAGAUUUGGUGACCUGUGACGGACAUCAGACCAACUAACACUAACCAAAACAGCUACCAUCUCCAUCUCAUGCGCCAGCUGGAUGCU